AUGGACAUGGCUACGACCGACUUGCUCAUUCGACUCGGCAUUGCCAUCCUUGUCAUUCUGUUGGUUCAUGUCGUCUGUGUCGCAAUCUAUCGACUGUACUUGAGCCCGAUUGCGCAUUUCCCGGGACCGAAACUCGCGGCGUUGACCACUGGUUACGAGUUUUACUAUAAUGUCGUGCAAGAGGGGCGGUUUUCGUUCCAUGUGCGAGAAUUGCAUCGCAAAUACGGCCCCAUCAUCCGCAUCAGCCCAACCGAGCUACACAUCAUGGACCCGGAAUUCUUCGAAACCCUGUACGCACGCUCGCCCAACCUAGACAAAUACGACUACUUUGCGCGGCGAUUCGGUCAUGCGUCCGACACCUUCUCGACAUCCGACCACACGCUCCACCGAAGCCGACGCAAGGCAUUGGGGCUGAUGUUCUCAGUAAAACGAAUCGACGAGUUCGAACCCACGGUCAAAGAACUGAUUGAGAAACUGUGUUCCGUCAUCGCAACAUAUACCGAAACUGACAAGAUCUUGUCAUUGUCGAGGGCAUGGAUGGCUCUCACCACGGACAUCAUCACCGAAUACGCCUUUGCUCGGUCUUACGGACACCUGGACUCGCCGGGGUUCGAGGAGAGCCUGCACGACGCUAUGAUGACGGUCGACAUCACGGGCAACUUUGCGCUCCAUUUCCCCAUCAUCUUUCCGAUUUUGGAGAGGUUGCCUGUCUGGACCGUCCGCAAGUUCAAGCCGGUCUUGCUUCCGGUCCUGGGUCUACGCUAUGACCUCGCCGAACAAGUCAAGCAGAUCCGCGAAGGCACCAAUGCAGCCUACAAGGAAAAAGGACACGCCACCAUUUUCCACGAACUUCUCAACAGUAACCUCCCGCCGGCCGAAAAGACAGAUGCGCGUCUGGGCGAUGAGGCACAGCUCGUCAUCGCCGCGGGUCUGUUGACCACGUACUGGGCACUAACGGUGGCUAGUUAUUAUAUUAUCAAUGAUCCGCACAUACACGAAGCCUUGCGACGCGAGCUGGAAGAAGACGCAAAAAAUGCCGCUCAAGAAUCGCGGCAGCACAGCUCUGAGUCCACGUACAAGCAAUACUUUGCCCAGCUGACAUGGCAUCGUCUCCAGACUUUGCCUUAUCUAAGCGGUUGCGUGUACGAGGCCGUGCGACUUUCCACAGGUGUACCCGGUCGGAACCCGCGCAUUUCACAAGACAAGGACCUGCAAUAUGGCCCUUGGACGAUCCCCAAGGGAACACCCGUGUCCAUGUACAGCAUGCAUGUGUUGAUGGAUGAGACGGUGUUUCCCAACCCGCAUAAAUUUGACCCGAACCGAUGGAUUGAUAAUCCUGGCUUGGAGAGGUAUUUUGUUGCUUUUGGGAAGGGGUCCCGGUCAUGUUUGGGAAUCAAUCUGGCGCAGGCUGAAAUCUAUCUCGCCCUCGCGGCCGUCUUUGGCCGCUUCACAUUCCAGCUGCACAACACCGACGUCUCGGACGUGCAGACGGCACAUACGUAUCUCUUGCCUUAUCCCAAAUGGGACUCGAAGGGCGUGAGAGUAAAGGUUGUGGAAGACAGAACACAACAACCUAUCAAUCAAUGA